UCCGCUGCGUAACUAUAGACAGUCCCACUACGUCGCAUCGUAUUCUCACAGCGUAACAUUUUUCACCGCUUUCAUCGUGAAAUAGCCGGCCUUGCAAGAUGGUUGCGACCACCAAGAAAACUGUCGUCCCCAAAGCGGGUGCCAAGAAACAACAUCUUCGUGGAAAGGCCCAGAAGAAAAAGGUCUCCCUAAAAUUCACCAUCGAUUGUACUCAUCCUGUCGAAGAUGGCAUUAUGGAUGUAGCAAAUUUUGAAAAAUAUCUCCAAGAGAGAAUAAAGGUCUACGGUAAAACCAACAACUUUGGAAACAAUGUUUCCAUAGAAAAACAAAGGAUGAAGUUGAUUGUCAAUAGUGACAUUGAAUUCUCCAAGAGAUACCUGAAGUACUUGACAAAAAAGUACUUGAAGAAGAACAAGCUCCGUGAUUGGCUCAGAGUUGUAUCUAAAGACAAAGAGACUUACGAGCUUCGUUACUUCCAGAUCAACAGUCAGGAUGAUGAAGAAGAGGAAGAUGCAGAAUAAGUAUAAUAAGUACCAAUAGGCUAAUAAUCAUAACUAAUAAAAUAAAGAGCAGUUAUAAGUACAGUCUUGAGGAACUUUUAAAAAAUAAAAUAUAAAAAUUGAAAAUGAACAAAA